UUUUAGAGUCAAAAUUGGCAGAAGCCUCUUAAACAACAAUUUUUGGAACGUCUUAAUGUUAAAAUUUGAACUUUUAAAUAUUUUUUUAUUUCAACAUCCUAAAGAUGGACUUGACGAAGAAUCGAAUACAAAUCAAAUUUGUGUUAUAAGAGGUGAUCAAUUCUUUGAUAAGCCUGAGGAUGGGACUGAAGAGUAUUUUGUUUCGGAGCCGGAUGAAUUCGAUUACUGGGACUAUUGGAAUGCCGACGUUGUGCGCUUCCAAAGGACUCGCUUUUAUGGCAAUGGAAACAUCUUUGAACCAAGAUGUGACGCUUACUCUGAAUUGAAGGCAAUGUUCAUCCGAUUAAAUAGCCGCUUUGAUUUUAUUGAAAAAGAAAUGCGACAGAUGCGGGACGAAAAUAAUCGUCAAUUUGAUUUUAUUAAAAGAGGAAUGCGGCUUAUGAUUGGUCAAAUGCGACGGAUGAAUGGUCGUUUUGAUGCUCUUGAACGUGAAAUGGGACAAAUGCAGCAAACGCUGACCCUGACAUCUCUUCAAUCUGAUGUAUCACUGUUUAUGGUACGCACGAAUGAAGAUGAACUACGUAAUAUUGAGGCACGCUUAGCGACAAUUGAGGCAAGACUUGAACCGCAAAAUGUUGAUAAUCUUGGCGGAGGAGCUGGUGGACCUGUCGCUGUUGCCCAGCUUAAUAAUGUUGCUGCAGGAGCUGGUGGAGUAGCCCAUGUUAAUAAUGUUGGCGUUGAACCUGUCGGACCGCCAAAUGUUGAUAAUAAUGUUGGCGGAGGAGCUGGUGGACAUGUCGCUGCAGCCCACGUUAAUAAUGUUGCUGGAGGAGCUGGUGGAGGAGGCCAGAACAAUAAUGUUGGUGAAGAAUAGG